AUGUUCGGAUCCGAAUGUUCAAUUCUUCAUUUUCAGUGCGACGGUGUAGGACAUUCUUGUACUUCAUCGUGUUUUGGUCUAAAAUGUGUAUCAAAUUGUACGGGAGAAGGCUGUGAAACAUUAUGCCGAGGUCCCGAAUGCUUCUCAACGUGUCACUCGGAUAAUUGUAUUGCAUAUUGCAAAGGUACCAACUGCAGUGCAACAUGCCUUGGACACAAGUGUUCUUCCUUCAAAGAUCCAACGCGAGGCCCGGGAGAGAUGACAAUGGCUCCAAUUGAAUCAUCAACUACAACUACACAACAGCUUGGAUGGAUCUAAUAAUUAUUCUAUUACAACUUAACACGUUGAGUGCCGCCGUUGUAUGAGCGACAUCGUAAAAUUGUGCCA